CAACUUUUGAAGACUGAAGAGAACAGCUGGUCCCUGGCAGAGCUGAUCCACGCAGUCGUUCUCCUUACGCACUACCACUCCCUUGCUUCCUUCACCUUUGGUUGUGGCAUCAGCCCGGAGAUCGACUGCGAAGGGGGUCACACCUUCAGGCCCCCUUCCGUCAGUAACUAUUGCAUAUGCGAUAUUACGAAUGGUUACCACGGGGUGGAUGAAAUUCAUGCCAGCCCAACUGGAAGUGUUCCAUCUAUGGAGUCCGUCUGUGAAGUUGAAGCUCUUAUGGAGAAAAUGAAGCAGCUACAGGAGUGUAGAGACGAAGAGGAAGCCAGCCAGGAAGAGAUGGCCACACGUUUUGAGAGAGAGAAGCGAGAAAGCAUGUUCGUGUGUUCUUCAGAAGAUGAAGAAUCGGCACCAACAAGAGACGUGUCUCGUCACUUUGAGGAUACCAGCUAUGGUUACAAAGACUUCUCCAGGCAUGGAAUGCACGUGCCCACCUUUCGUGUCCAGGAUUAUUCCUGGGAAGACCAUGGCUAUUCCUUGGUGAAUCGUCUUUACCCAGAUGUGGGACAACUACUUGAUGAGAAGUUUCAUAUUGCUUAUAAUCUGACUUACAACACAAUGGCCAUGCACAAAGACGUGGAUACCUCAAUGCUAAGACGCGCUAUUUGGAACUAUAUUCAUUGUAUGUUUGGAAUAAGAUACGAUGAUUAUGACUAUGGUGAAAUUAAUCAGUUGUUGGACCGCAGCUUUAAAGUUUAUAUCAAGACUGUGGUUUGCACUCCUGAGAAGACCACAAAAAGAAUGUAUGAUAGCUUCUGGAGGCAGUUUGAACACUCUGAGAAGGGGCAAACGACCUUAUCACCUCUUCCUUUGCUAACAACCCCUUCUGCUCCACAGGUCCAUGUAAAUUUGCUUCUGGUAGAAGCUCGGAUGCAAGCCGAACUACUUUACGCUCUGAGAGCUAUUACUCGCUAUAUGACCUGAUGUCUCCGGCUGCCUGUCGACGUUGGAAUGUUCUGCAGCUGCAGUAUGGCAGAGGAAGAUACGAAGCCUCAGGACCAACGGUAGCUAUAAGUUAAGAUGCUCAUUGUGCCAUAACUCCUUUUAGUCUCAGCUCUCUCCAUGUUUGGAAUAUCACUGCUGCCACUCGGCAGUGAGCGCUUGGCAGUUGAAAAGACAGGGUUGUGCAGAAGUGCUGCCUGCUCUCAUGGUAUUUUGGCUUUAGACAGCACGGGACACUCUAUGGACUUGUGGCAAUAUAGCAAAUGAUAGAUACAUAGAUCUUGUGUUAAGGCAAAUGCUGCGGGAGCUGGAGCGUGAAAAGAAGUGGGACUUGACGACAUUUGCUUUCCCUAUGAGAAUAAUUUUAGAAAAUCUUGAUGCUGCUAUUUGUGCUGGUGGAGUGAACAGACACAGGCUGUUCCAGUUAAGCUAAAAGUGAAAGUGAGCACUGCUAUUGUCUGAGCCUUUAUUGUGUGUGGUUUCAAAAAAGCCUUGUUAUUUAGAUUUCUUUUUUUAAUCAGAACUAAACCUCUUCUGUCCACACUGAGAAUUUGAAAGAUAGCAGUCAAUUUUCUCAAAUAGUUUAGCCUUAAAAUGCUGCAGGACACUUGUUCAGCAUUAUUUGGUGAGCUCCCAGGUGCAAUGGUCUUCGGAUGGAACAAAGGGGACUCGAGUCCUCAGAGCUUUUGAGACCUAACUACGUGACAUGUUGAGUAGCUUCUUGUCCCGUUUUUCAAGGAGGAACUGAGGAGGAGCUAGGACGAGAUGUGGGAAUGUUGUUCUAGACUGCCAAACAGUCCUACUGUAUUACAUGCCCAAUGCUGGUCUUACUGAUUUUUGCAGUUGCUUAAAUAACUAGGCUAAAAACCAUCUAUUUUUAGUAAAUCAAAACAUGAUUAAAAUGCUGACGUUUAAUAUACAGUGGUUUUGGAGAACACAUGAAUACUUUUGUAUGAGUGUGAAUUGCUUUUUAAAUUUGUCAGUAUUACUGGUAUUUUUUAAAUAAAGGUAACAACUUU